AUGAUACUAUUAAUUUCUCUUGCAUUCCUCUUCGCACUGCCUGCGGAUACGUUUGGAGCACCUACAAACGUGGCUCCAGUUUCUGGUCAGGCCAUCUCCCUUCUAAGAAGGAAUCAAUCUCCUCGAGAUGUCACCCAAUGGGGCGCUUUGGCGAAGAGGCAGAGGGACAAUUUGAUAGCAAAGUAUGGCGGCACGACAACACGGAAAAGAAGCACCGGUUAUAAUCUGAUUGUCGAUCAGCAGUAUGAUUCCAGCUACUACGGUUCAUUGGCUAUUGGUACGCCUGCGGUGUCUUUUGAUGUCAAAUUAGAUACAGGCUCUUCUGAUCUCUGGCUUGCUAGUUCUUCUUGUGGCACUUCAUGCGGGUCGGUUUCUACAUACAACCCAUCAUCUUCAUCAACUUUCCAGAACCUCUCUACGCCAUUCACUAUACAGUACGAUUCGGGUUCUGCAGAUGGCUAUGUUGCACAGGACACGGUACAGAUGGCGGGAUUCUCCGUUGCUAGUCAAGGUUUUGCUGUUGUGGACGCAGUGUCACAAGCUUUACUUGCAUCACCGGUCUCUGGCUUUCUUGGUCUGGCAUGGCAAUCCCUAGCAAGUUCAGGUCAAAUGCCCUUGUGGCAGAUUUUGGCCUCCAGUAAUGCUUGGGACUCGGCUCUGUUUGCUGUCCAGCUCACUCGGUAUAAAAAUGAUUCCACCGCCCAGAUACUUGAGCCCGGAGGAGUCUUUAAUAUGGGUUACACAAACAGUAGCUUGUACACCGGCUCAAUUGAUUACAUCGAUAUUCCCGGAACUCCCUCAUACUGGUAUAUACCAUUGAUUUCAAUGACCGUGCAAGGCAACUCCAUAUCUAUUGAUUCAGGGACAACUGCUGUUAUUGACACUGGUACGACCAAUAUAGGCGGUCCGGCCAGCUCGGUUCAAGCAAUCUAUGCACAGAUUCCCGGCUCACAACCAGCUACGGGUGAAUGGGAAGGAUAUUAUAGCUUCCCAUGCUCGACGACUGUAAACGUAGAGCUGUCGUUCGGUGGGGCCACAUGGUCGAUAAGCCCAGUGGACUUUGCCUUCACACAAACCAGUUCAACAGUAUGCAUUGGCGCAUUCUUUGAAACAACUACUGGUACUGGGUCCCCCUCUUGGGUUAUCGGCGAUACUUUCCUGAAAAAUGUAUAUUCUGUCUUCCGCUACAAUCCCCCUUCGGUUGGCUUCGCCAAUCUCUCAAGUACCGCAAUCGCUGAAAAUGGUGCUGCAGGUACCGUUCCUUCCGCAACUUUUGGUGCAAUAUCUGCAGCAGUUACCAACACAAGCGAUGCCCCACGUGGACAUACACUAAACACAUCAUUGUCUACUCUACUCUUCCUAGCUCUCUCGGCAGUUCUCCUCCUUUAA